ACAACGGCCUCAGUCAGUCCAAUUGACACUCAUUCUUCAUUUAAACUACUCACAUCAAACUCCCAUGUCUCAAAGACCAUCAUAAUGCCCCGUUCAGAUGAAGCACAGGCCUUCUUCCACGCCGUAUACUCAGCUGUCCAAGAGAUCCCCCACGGCAAAGUCACAACAUACGGCCACAUCGCCAUGCUCGUUGGAACCCCUCAAAGGCCUCGUCAAGUAGGCGUCUGUCUAAAACACCUCCCCGCCGAUCAAUCCCAGCCCUUCAACCACGACACCGUCCCAUGGCAAAGAGUCAUAAACUCCAAAGGUCAAAUAUCACCAAGAUCUCAACCUGGAGGCUCUCGCUCACAAGCUGAUGCCCUCCAAGCAGAAGGCGUACAAGUCGAGACAAACGCAAUGGGCGAACACUCAGUUGACUUCUCCCAAUACGGCUGGUUCCCAGACCUACUCCCCUCAGAAGAAAACGAUCAAGGCGAAUGAAUGAUUUUAAGGGUCUUUGAAACUAGUAUUUACCACUAUCGUCUUUCGGAAAACAAAAAAAAACAUCCACGUUUUUUUGUUUUCCCUCAUAUGUAAUCUGUAAUUGCGGAACCCAAAGAUCAAAUUGGGUUCCCCCUCAUAAGAAUCAUCCCAUCUUCCCGCUUCAUUCUUUGAAUCAAAGUCCGCCACCCAAAAAAAAUAUCUCCCCUUGAAACUGGUGGGAGUAGUCAAAUCGAAAAAGCAAGAAAAAUUACACAUGUACAAAGACAGGCACCCAAAAUGACAUCUUUAUGCAUCGA